AGCGUUUGUCUUCUCCCUUCGGGCAGCGGUCCGGACCGGGGGAAGCGAGCGCCGGGACGCCGCCUGCAGUGAGGCGACAGGCUUCCAGGGGGCGGUGGCGGCGGAGUUGCCCGCGCGGCAGCGAGGAAGGGGGUCGCUUUACGCAGCCGCGGAUAUUUGCUGCAUUUGAUUUCCCAAUCUGCCUGGGGAUGGAGCUUCGGGUUUAACACCGAGGGCUGUGCCUUCAUCCAGAACCCAUUGGAAGGCAGUAACAUUAUGUAUGCUUCAACCAAGUACAGCAGUCGGGGCCCAACCCUUAUUCCCAGGAUGAAAACCAAGCAUCGAAUUUAUUACAUAGCACUUUUCUCAAUUGUGUUACUCGGACUUAUAGCCACAGGAGUGAUUCAGUUCUGGCCAAAUACAAUAGAAGCUACCAGUGAAUGGACUGUUGAAAAGCGCAGCAUCCAUGAUGUUCCUGAAGUCAAAUUAUCUGAAGAUGAUCCUAUUCCUGAACGAGGGGACUUGAGCUGCAGAAUGCACACUUGUUUUGAUGUAUACCGUUGUGGGUAUAAUCCCAAGAACAAAAUAAAAGUCUAUAUUUAUCCAUUGAAAAAGUAUGUGGAUGAGCAUGGUACUGUGGUCAGCAACACCAUUUCCAAAGAAUAUAAUGAAUUAUUGACUGCCAUUUCUGAAAGCGACUUUUAUACAGAUGAUAUCAAUAGGGCUUGUUUGUUUAUUCCGUCGAUUGAUAUGCUUAAUCAGAAUAACCUCAGGAUAAAGGAAACAGCACAAGCCUUGGCCCAGCUGAUCAGAUGGGAUAGAGGGACAAACCACUUGCUGUUUAACAUGCUUCCCGGAGGCCCUCCUGAUUAUAAUACUGCACUAGACGUUCCACGCGGCAGGGCGCUUCUUGCUGGUGGAGGUUUUUCCACAUGGACCUAUCGACAAGGUUAUGAUGUCAGUAUUCCAGUUUUUAGUCCGUUGUCAGCAGAUGUCAAACUACCUGAGAAGAUGCCUGGUUACCGGAUGUAUUUUAUCUUGUCGGCACAAACUGCUAUCCAUUCAGAAUACCGUUCUGAACUGGAGGCAAUAGAGGCAGAACAUAAAGAUGCUCUCCUAAUCCUUGAUAAAUGUACAAAUUUGUCAGAAGGUGUCUCUUCCACACGGAAACGGUGCCACAAAAAUCAGGUCUUCAAUUACCCACAAAUAUUACAGGAAGCCACGUUUUGUAUUGUGCUGCGUGGAGCUCGUCUUGGGCAAGCAAUCCUAAGUGAUGUCCUUCAAGCAGGUUGCAUUCCAGUAAUUGUUGGAGAUUCUUACAUCCUCCCAUUUUCAGAAGUGCUGGACUGGAAAAGAGCUUCUGUAGUCGUACCAGAAGACAAACUUUCUGAAAUGUACAGUAUUUUAAAGACUAUUCCUCAGCAGCAAAUUGAAGACCUGCAAAGACGGGCAAGGUGGUUCUGGGAAGCUUAUUUUAAAUCGAUGAAAGCCAUUGGACUUGCUACUUUGCAAAUCAUCAAUGACAGAAUCUACCCUUAUGCUGCCAAAUCUUAUGAGGACUGGAAUGAUCCAACAACUGUGAAAGUGGUGAGUGUGAACAAUCCUCUCUUCCUCCCACUCAUUCCACCUCGGUCUCAAGGCUUCACUGCUGUUGUUCUCACCUUUGACCGUGUUGAGAGUUUAUUCCGAGUGAUCACUGAGAUUUCCAAAGUGCCCAGCCUUUCCAAGUUGCUAGUUGUGUGGAACAAUCAGAACAAAAGCCCCCCUGAAGAGUCAGCAUGGCCCAAGAUUGGAGUACCUCUCAAAGUUGUAAGGACUAAAGAAAACAAGUUGAGUAACAGAUUCUUUCCUUAUGAUGAAAUUGAAACGGAAGCUGUUCUGGCAAUUGAUGAUGAUAUCAUCAUGUUGACAUCAGAUGAAUUGCAGUUUGGUUACGAGGUAUGGCGCGAGUUCCCUGACAGGCUGGUUGGGUACCCUGGUCGACUUCAUUUGUGGGACCAAGAGACAAGCAAGUGGAAAUAUGAGUCAGAAUGGACAAAUGAGGUCUCAAUGGUUUUAACAGGAGCGGCUUUCUACCACAAGUAUUUUAAUUAUUUGUACACCUACAAGAUGCCAGGUGAUAUUAAAAAUUGGGUGGAUGAACACAUGAACUGUGAAGAUAUUGCUAUGAACUUCUUGGUAGCCAACAUGACUGGAAAAGCUCCAAUUAAGGUAACCCCACGUAAAAAGUUCAAGUGCCCGGAGUGCACUGCAAUUGAUGGACUGUCACUGGACCAGACCCAUAUGGUGGAACGGUCAGAAUGCAUCAAUAAAUUUGCAUCUGUGUUUGGGAUCAUGCCACUGAAAGUAGUGGAGCAUCGAGCAGACCCUGUCUUGUACAAGGAUGACUUUCCUGAGAAGUUGAAGAGUUUUCCUAAUAUUGGUAGUUUAUAAAAUGGAAAUCAUCAAAAUCUUGGCCACAUUAACCGCACCUUUGUGGCACUACAAGAUGCUUUAAUAAGGUGUGACUGCUGUAUGUUUUGAAACCAGGUGAUCAGGAAUUUAAAGUUAUCUCCUGCUGAAAUAGCAUUUACAAACUGCAGAUCCUACAUUCAAUGUAUUUUUAAAAUGAUGGAUGUUGAUGAAUUUACAUUAGAUUGACAUGGCAAAAAAGAUUCUGUUUUUAAAUUAAGUGUAUUUUAUAUUUUGAUGACUAGCGAAGAGCAAAACCCAAGUUUGCUCACAAUGCAUUUUGACUAUGCAGUUGCUUUUUAAUUAAUAUUACACAAUAUUGCUGGUUCAGGCAUUAAAAUAUUGGUCGAACUGUUCUCAAACUCAUUUGUGUUGAUCAUGUUACUGACAAAUUCCAUUUUAACAUUGAUGCAGGCGUAACACUAGAAGCUUACUGUGCCCUUGAUUAGUUAUUCACAAUGUAUAGUUCAAAGUAAUACUUCAAAUGAACUUGCCUUUGUAGAAAUAUGGCAUCUUUUUAGAUUGGUCAUAUUGAACAUUAUUAUCUAGAAUAGCCCCUUAUCUUGAAGUCUAUAUUUAAACUGUAGUAUUUAAUGUACAAACAAUGAUGCUGAAAGAAGCUGAUCUUGACAAGAAAGGCAGGGGAAACGGAUAGCUGGCGUUGGAGGCAGUGAUGUCCUGAGAAGGCCCUGUCAUGUCCAAGGAUGACUUCCCAGAGAAGAUGAAGAGUUUCCCCAAUAUUUACGGUGUACUGGUGAAUAGUGGGAAAGGGGACACUUAAGGUUGGUGCUUAAGUAUCAGAUCACCAUCCAGAAAACCUAGUUGGCAUAUCCAGGCUGUUAGACUUUGAGUUAAGGGUAUGAUUGAUGCUAUCUUUCUACAUUAUAUCACACUAAACAAACCUGAUACCCUUCAGUGAUUACAAGAAUUGAGUGUCUGCUGCCACCUCUGCAGUCAAAUUCCUGCAAGAAUCAUUGCCUUGAGGUGGGGAACAAACAUCACUGGAAAUACACUGGAAAUAUUUUUUUUUAAACAGUUUUGUUGAAAUAUGUUUAUACAAUAAAGGUGCACUGAUAGUUAAGAUCUGAACCAAAAUCUUGCAAUUCUACAUGUAAGGGUGAUGCAUGACUGGAUCCUAGCCAGAUGCAAAAGAAUUAGGAACUUACAAGAAUCCUAGGAAUUCCGUGUAAAAUGCAUCUCCUUGUUACUGGUGUUAGUAAGUUGGUGAUCUUGAGGUUGUUCAUUAGGCAGUGCAUGAAGUUAUUGCAGAGUGAAUCCAGCAGUAUACUCAAAAGCGUUGUAUUAGAACUCAUGAUUUAUAUUACACUCUGUCAUUUAUAAAAUGAGGGAUUUGGCAAGUUCCAGAGUUCCAUUGAUUCAUUUGAUGUAAUCAAAUCUUCCUGAUAUAAUACAGGCACCUAGCUGCUUUAAACUGGUGCAGCAUUUUGCACAUUUGUUUCCUUCCAAAGGGCUGCCUGUUGAACAACAGUCUGCUUAGAUAUAUUUAAUUGAUGCCAGUUAUAGCUAUCAUUGAGAGAAACCAAGAAUGUUCCUGAUUUGUGGAGCCAUUUAUACUAAAAUAUUUUCCAACAGCUGCUAUAUUCCAUUUUAACAUCACAAAAUCCAGUCCCAAUUAUCUCCUCUGCAGCAGUUUCUUUGCUGUGAUCUAGCUAUUAAGGCAUAAGUUUUAUUUUCCCUGUUUAUCAUGACCUAUUGAGGCAUAAUAUCGAUACUUUGAUAAUCAUAAUACUUCAGAGAGGAUUAAUGAAUUGAAAGUAAUGUCAAAACAAUACCAUUGGAACCAUGAGUUACAAGGGCCAAAAUAUAGAUAUUUUGCAUACUGCCUGUUAUUCCUAAAUGUUAUUCCUAGAUCAGGUAACUUUAGUUGGUGAUGAUAUCCCACUGUCAGUGAUUAGCAUUAAUGUACCUGCAUUGACUUUAUAAUAAAUCUAUUUUCUGACAAUGCAAGAGGAAUUAAUGGUGUCUGCUAAAAUUUACCACUUGAUUUUAAAACAUUUUCUAAAUCUUAAUUAGUUACAUCCUUUGCAGUACAGAAAAAAAGAACUUGUAUUUAUGAAUCUCCUCCCAUCAAUGCAUAUCAAUGUACUUAAAUACAGAAAUUAUUUUUGAGCUAAAGUGAUAUAUAAUUAAAAGCAGCUCCCAUUUUCCACUACUUAACUUUCAAUGUGUUUUAGAUGGCACUAAUAUCUGUGGAUAGGUACAUAAAUGGGAGAGGUAUAAGAGGGCUGUGGUCUGGGUUCAGAUGAGGCCAGAUGAAGACCAGACCAGCAGAAACUAGAUGGACCAAAGGGCUGUAGUGCUGUAUGACUAGUUGAAGAUGAAAUGUUGGCUAGGAGAUGCAAAUAUUAUUAAAUUGCUGAUGGUGUUUACAAGUUUUGUGAUUACAAAACUAAUUUCACUUGUAGGAAUUAAACGCAGAAUUUUAGUGAAAUUUGCCUUUACCUUACCAAAUAUAAAUUGUUAGAAUCUAGUUCCAGUGUUUUUUUGUGUGGCGAAAAUCAACUUGAACUGUAUUUGGCCAUCGUUUCUUUCUCUGAAACCUAUUAAACAACUAUAGCAGCUUUUCAGUGAAAUUUUUCACAGCGCAUAGAAAUCAUACUUUGGAUUACAUCGUUGUAAUACCCUUUAUUUACCUGACUGAUGGAUAAUAUCACAAAAACAAGGAAGCUAAAGAAUCCCAACUCCGGGUACUGUUUACACAUUCAAUUCCUAUCAAUAGUUAAUAUGUACACUGUGUAUGCCUACACUUUAAAUGAUACAAUAGGUUACCAAUUAGUAUACCACAAUUUGUUGCAGUUUAAUUUUGUUUAUUAUUUACUGAUUUUUAUCCCACAUCAGAUUGUAUUUGAUCCAGACAAUAUAAGGGAAAAUCGGCUAGAGCUCCCAAUCCAUCUGAUUUCUGCUGGAAAGAGUAUUUGUGGAACUGCAGUGAAACAUACCCUGUUUCAAUAGUCUUUUGGCUCACAGCCAUACUUAAACAUGAAAAGCUGAUAGUUAGCUCUUGUUUUGAAAGCCUGUUGGUACAAGUAAGAGUUGACAUCUUAAGGCUAGAAAGGAAAAAGAGUUCUAAAUACUAGAAGAUUAUAUAUUAAUGGAAAAAAUAUCAAAUUUUGAAUUAGUAUGGUAUUUAGAAUAACCUAUUAAAAACAGAUGUCUAAACUUUUGCAGCAAGUUGCAUUGCACAUCUAAAUUAUGGACUUAAGUUUUUAAAAUAUCACAAGGUGAAAAGUAUAUAACAUUCACCAUUUAAAACCAGAGUUGCUAACUGGAAAUCUAGUGUCUGUGAACUUUAAUAGUAUAAGGAACGGUGACACAACCCCAAUGCUAGAGACAUUGACUCAAACAAAUAAAAGGGAAAUGUACCACUGAUAACAUUUCUCACUAUUUAAAAACAUAGAAUACCAUUUUUGGAUGCAGUUGUGGAGGGAUAUAAAAAAAAAGGCUUUUGUUAGAAAUAAACUAAGGUUGGUCUAUUGGCCCUUCUCUUCUGAUCUAAUAGGUGAAGAAUUGAUGUAAUCCCAUGUUCAAGUAGAAAUAUUAAUGAGGUUACCAACGUGGAAUGUGCAACUGGUCCUGCCACUUGCCAGGAAUGGUAAACUUGGGAGGCUGUAAAAUGUUCUCCUGUGUCAUGAAAGCAAGCAAACUCAACUCAUGAAUACUUUUUGUUCAAUAAUAAGAUUUGGACGACAAUAAUCAAGGGACUUAUUAACUACUUACACUAUUGUAUAUUAAAUGCUUUUCUUUGAAAUUGAAUGAAUGUAUUAAGAACCUGAACCUCAAAGUCCUAAAAUUAUACAUUGGAUCUCCACAUCUAUAAACUAUUCAUUGGCAUUGUUGAUUUUUCUCUGAGGUUUGUAUAACCAUAAAUGAUAAAAUUAUUUCCUAUAUUGUCCCCGUUCUUUGAGUUUGUAUUUUAAUACUUAUUUUUUUGUCAAAUGUCAUUGUGAUUUUAUUGUACAUGAUUACUUGUGACUUGUCUUUGUCUGUACACGAUAAAUUACUGAUGUCUGUCUCAUAGACAAUAGAGCUGUGUAAUGUUCUUUGGGUAAACAGCUGUGAAUCAUUUAAAUAAAUUGAUUUACUAUUA